AUGGACAAAAUCUCAAUCACCAUCUGCGGAGAUGGUGGAUGUGGUAUGUACAACCUUCUCUUGUCUGGGAAUUUCCUGUCUCCGCGAGUCGGGGCCAUUCCGGGUUUCGCGCAAUCGAGAUCUGAUCAGAUCGGGAUGCAGGCAAAUCCUCCAUCACCAUGCGGCUGGUCCGCAGCCAAUGGGUUCACGAAGGAUUCCUACUCCGUCACCCGCACCGUCGAUGGCCACCCCUACGUUCUCUCCAUCACCGAUACCGCAGGCCAGGAGGAGUACCGUGGACUAUGGUCUGCCUCGACCCUGAACUCCGAUGCGUUCCUCUUGGUUUACGAUAUCACCAACCCGUCGAGUCUUGAAACGCUAGAUCAUUUCAUGGAGAUGAUCCAUAUGGAGGCGGAGCAACGCGUCGAGGACAACCAGCGACUGCGCCAGGAGUUGAAAAAGAAAUCCGGGGCAGGCCACGUUGGCCUGCCACCGCCAGUUAAAAUCGUUGCGGGCAACAAAUGUGAUCUCAAGGAUGGUCGCGUGGUGACAUCCCGCGAUGGACUCGAGUAUGCGCGCAAGCACGGCUGCGGGUUUAUGGAGACCAGUGCUCGCGAGAUGGUCAACAUUGAGGAAACCUUUGCCCAUUUAGUCCGUCGCGUGGUCGAAGCCCGACUCCAAAGCCAAGACGGUGUGCUUCCUCCCCCGUGCGCCGAGCCAUCGCACAAUACCCUACCAACCACCACUGUAGACACAAUUGCAGGCGAGACCCGAUCCCGACGAAGUCGCGUGUGGGGUUUUAUCAAACGGAAGACUACGGAACCAACCGGCGAACAGGGUCAGGAACAGGGUGAAGUCCAGAACGGACCCGAAAAACAUGAACGUCAAAAGUGCUAUCGGGGUUGCUGCGUUUGUCAGCUCUGGUGUUUUCACUGCUCUUGUUGA